CGUGGACUCAAUUUUUCUAUUAGUGAUGUGAAUCGGAGUGAUACGGUCGUGCCUACAAUAGUUUUGUUUGUAAAUAUCGAUAUUUUUGUUAUUGAAAUUAUUUUCCUUUUAAACUCAGUGAUAUUGUUUUGUGUGGUUUGAUUUUUGAAUAUUUCGUAACAAUGACGGGCCCAGUCCAGCAGUUCCCCUUAGCAGAAGAAUAUAAGAAGAAGAACCAGAUCUCGCCAGAAGACAUCAAGAAGUUCAGGGAUUGGGUGGACACACAGCCGCAUCUGCCAGGAGAACUUAUCACUGACCUGGACCUGAUCUUAACAUACCACUGCUGCAACCGCAGCUCCGAGGUGUCGAAGCAAGUGCUGGAUCUGCACUACACGCUGAAGACGCUCUUCACCAACUUCUUCAAGGACAGGAUAGUGGAUGACAAGAUAUUGAAGACUAUGAGCUACUAUGUAUUAGCUCCGCUGGAAACACGAGGGUACGACGGGUCCGCCAUCUUCUUCUGCAGACUACUCGAUUACGAUGCCAAGAAUUUCGUCUUUGCUGAUGCUAUCAGAGCGUGCUUAAUGCUCGUCGACCUAUGGCAGUAUGAAGAGGGUACGUGGCCAGGGUUCAUGAUCAUCAUCGACCUGGACCACUGCACAUUGUCACACAUCGCCAGACUCGACCUGCAGUCAGUGCAGCAAUUCCUGUACUUCCUACAGGAAGCCAUGCUCCUCAAAAUCAAAAGUUUACACUUCCUUAACGCACCCUCGUUCAUGGACAAGCUGAUGAUGAUACUGCGGCCGUUCAUGAAGAAGGAACUGCUGGAUAUGCUGAGCAUCCACCAGACUGGAUCCAAGACUAUAGAGAAGUUCAUGCCCAUUGAGGGACUGCCUAAAGGCGCUGGUGGACAGUAUAAGAGUUUGGAGCAAAUUAGAGAUGAUAAUAUAACAAAAAUGAAGAACUCCAAGCAAUUCUUCGUGGAAGAGAACAAGAAGCGAGUGGUGGAAGACAAGAGACCUGGCAAGCCGAAGACCAUCUCAGAUAUCUUCGGCGGAGUGGAGGGGUCUUUUAAGAAGCUGGAUAUUGAUUGAUUGAGAAGAAAUAGAUUUUAGAGUAAUUGAGAGAUUGAUCAAAUGUUGUGUUGGGUUAUUAGAUGAUUUAUAAGGUU